AUGAUAUUUACUUUGAUUUCAUCCAACAAAAUUAACAGAAAUCAAAGUAAUGUCACAAAUAAUGAAAGAGGAUCAAGUCAAAAAAGUUAUAAAAAAAACAAACUCGAUCAAAAACUGAAUGCAAUCAGUGGUAGCUCAAUUGUUGACUUGCCGGAACGUAAUAAUUCUGCUAGUAGUAGUAAGAGUGGUAUUAGUGAUAAUUAUUCGGAUGUUAGUGAUGACAAAAGAGACUCGAAAGACUCCCGAGGCUCUAGGUUAUUAUCUAAUUUUAAUAAUAGUCAUAAUAGUGGUGGUAAUAAUGUUGGUGGUGGAAAAACCAAUAGUAAAUGUAAAGUAAUAAAAGAAAAAAGCCCAACCAAAAGUCAAGUCUAUGAGUGUCUCAUUUCUCAAGUUAAUGAAAAAGAAAAUAGGAUUGCGAAAAUUAUAAAAGAUGCAGUGAAUGAUGCAUUUGCAAGACAAAAGAUUGAAGAGAUACCAGUAUCAAAACUUUCACAAGCAAUGAUCAUGAAAAUUGAGAGCAAAAUUGGUAUACGUGAGAUAAGGAUGUUACACGAAGAAUUUGAUGAACUUUUACCUCGUGAUGUUGACAAAUUUAUUUGGAACAUGGACAUUGAUGAACCCAAGCACAUGAAUGAUAUUAAAAAUUGGUUUCAGGAUGCAUUGGGACUUCCAAAAAAAUUUGUUAUAAAAAAUAUUCACAAAGAAAUAACAUAUGAACGUUAUUUGCAGACAGCAAAUGUAUUAUUAAAAGGCAAAGCAGAUUUAUCUAUUGGUCCUGGUGGUACAUCCUGUAUCUGGGUUGAGAUCAAAAAAGAUGUACACCAAGGUGAAGCUCAAGCAAUAGGAGAGCUGUUGAUAGCUGAUAAAAUAUUUGCUUUAGGUCCUAUGGUUGUGUUAACGGAUUGCGUAGAAAGUUGGAUUAUUUAUUUUAUAAUCAAACAAGAUGACGAAUUUUAUAUUGCAAUUGGUGAUAUAAAUGAUCGUGGUGUUGCAUUAGCAAUAAUUAGGACUUUUCUACUUCAAGAAGAGCAAAAAUACAAUAAUUUAAUAAAAGGUGAUUUAGCACCAAUUAUAGUUAAAUUACCCACACCUUUUAGAAACAAGGCAAGGUUUAAGGAAACAAUAGUUUGA